CACACACACACACACACACACACUCUAUGGACUGUAUCAGCCCUCAUCUGAACGUGGGUUCCGAUCAACUGCAUCGAGGAUACAGUUUGGAAUUACAAAUGAAGUCUACGGAAGUGGAUCCGGGGUUAUUCACUGACAGCUACUGCAAAGUGUGCAGCGCUCAGCUUAUCUCUGAGUCACAGAGAGUCGCCCACUAUGAGAGUCGAAAGCAUGCAAACAAAGUUCGCCUGUAUUACAUGUUACACCCAGUGGAUGGUGGCUGUCCUGCAAAGAAACUUCGGACAGACAAUGGCAGUGCGGAGGGAGACGUGGACAAGAACAAAUGCUGCACGCUGUGCAAUAUGUCGUUCACUUCAGCGGUAGUGGCCCAGUCACACUACCAGGGCAAGAUCCAUGCCAAGAGACUACGGCUACUGCUGGGGGAACCACCUGCCAUCACAUCUAAAGAGGUGACAGCAAGUUCAGAGCAUACGUUGACGGAAGAUUCCCCGGGAAGUCCUUCCAUACAUGGCAGGCUCUCACACCGUUACUGCCAGAUGUGCAAGGCCUGGUUCAACAACCCUGGCAUGGCUAGACAGCACUAUGAAGGCAAGAAGCACAAAAAAAAUGCAGCCCAAGCUAACCUCCUCGCACAGCUGGGUAAAAGUCUGGAGGACGGAGAUGAACUAAACGGCCCGAAGCGGAGUCACACAUGUGAGGUUUGCAGUGUUACGCUCAACUCCGUGGCACAAUAUCAUGCACAUCUGCAGGGCUCCAAACACCAGAACAACAUGAAGAACAAAUGAAGUUUGAUGGAGCAUCUCUACUCAUGAAACUGAGGAUCUUUCUGUGGAAGUCAAGGCAGCUUCUGCCCCUCCGUCUCAGACAAAUGACAGCAAGAUCUGCUCAUUUCUCUUGAUCCAUUGCGUUUAUGACAGUGGUAUGGACACUACCAGUGCAGAUAGAGACAUAUUGAUAAUGGAUUACUAUAAACCACAGUGCAUUUUACUAAAUUACAAAAAAAAAAAAAAAAAAAAAAAAA